AUGCGUCGCUCCUCGCAGCUGGGAGGCGGGCAGAACCGCAUCGACCAGCAGCACAGCCGCGGAAAACUCACUGCUCUCGAGCGUCUCGGACGUCUUAUGGACGAGGGCACCUUUCAGGAACUGGACCCCUUCGUAACCCACCGGACCACCGAUUUUGGCCUGGGCGAUCGACGCCCCCUGGGUGAUGCCGUGGUCACCGGGUACGGAAAGGUCGAGGGCCGCCAGAUCUUUGCCUUUGCCCAGGAUUUCACCGUCAUGGGAGGCUCCCUCUCCGAAGCGGUCAGCCAGAAGAUCUGCAAGGUCAUGGACUUGGCCGCCAAGGCAGGCUGCCCGGUCAUCGGGCUCAACGACUCCGGCGGCGCCCGCAUCCAGGAGGGUGCACUCAGCCUGGCGGCCUACGGCGACAUCUUCCUCCGAAACACCCUCUACUCCGGCGUCGUCCCCCAGAUCACCGUCAUCGUCGGCCCGGCUGCGGGCGGCGCGGUCUAUUCACCGGCCAUAACCGAUUUCAUUUUCAUGGUGAAGGAAAUCGGCCAGAUGUACAUAACCGGCCCCGACGUAAUUCGGGCGGUGACCGGCGAGGAGGUCGGGCACGAGGAGCUUGGCGGUGCGGCCACCCACGCUACCCGCAGCGGUGUGGCCCACUUCGUUUGCGAGACGGAGGAGGAAUGCCUGAACGAGGUGCGCCACCUUCUCGGUUACCUGCCCGGCAACAACGUCGACGACCCGCCCCAGGAUCCGGCCGACGACCCUGCCGACCGCCGCGAGCCGGACCUCCGCUACAUGGUCCCCGAGGACCCCAGCCGACCCUACGAUAUCCGGGACGUGGUGUACAAGGUGGUGGACCACGAGGAGUUCAUGGAGGUACACCAGAACUUCGCGCCCAACAUUGUCGUCGGCUUUGCCCGAAUGAAUGGCAAGCCCGUGGGUAUCGUGGGCAACCAGCCGGCCUAUCUCGCUGGCGUGCUGGACAUCGACGCCUCGGUCAAGGCUGCUCGAUUCGUGCGGUUCUGCGACUGUUUC